AUGGCUGCAAUCAAGAUAUUCAAGCACACAUUCAACUUUUUCAACGAGCAAGGAUUUCCGCCCAAAGAGGUACAGCUGCAAGUAUCGUUUGGCAAGGGACAUGACGAAUUCUGGACAAACGUAUUUCCUAGCACACUGGUGCAGCGAUAUGCGUCUGACAUCAAACGAUUUGGACUGUUUCUGCGAGUCAUCAAGUGGACUCUCCCAAUACUAGGACUUGUCCCUAUAUCAAUCAUGCUGCGACUGUUCUUCUUCAGCAGAGGCUUUGGCGACAAAAUGGUUUACCCUCUCAUUGCCCUAUUCCUAGGAACCGGGAAUCAAACCGCGAAUGUACCGUGUGGCAUUGUUGAGCGUCUUUUUGAUGACCCAAACAUGAAGCUCUGGGACUACGAUAGCGCCACGUUGCUCCCUAAUUUGCCGACCAUGUACACAUUUGAUAACCUGGGGAGAUGCUACCAAAGCUGGGGCGACUCUCUCAAAACACGAGGUGUGAACUUUCGCUUGCACACCGAAGUGUGCUCAGUAUUGUCCAGAUCCAAAACCGGGGUAAAGCUCCGUAUUAAGGACUGCGUAAAUGGUACUGUUACAAACGAAGAUUUUGAUGAGCUAGUUCUCUGCACGUUGGCGGACGAAAGCCUUAAGAUAUUGGGCGAAAUGUCGUCCUGGCGCGAAAGGCUCGUUUUGGGAGGAGCGGCGUUUUAUGAUGAUGUGACUGUCACACACAGCGACAAAGAUUACUUCAAAAAGCACUACGAGACGGAGUUUCGCGACGAGCUAUGUGCUAAACCGAAGAGCGAAACCCAAAGGCAACAAGUUGUGCUUGCGAAUGGAGCAGAAGGAGAAUCGGAAGGAUUUCGACCCAUGUAUUUUACAUACUCCUACAAGCGAAAUCCUCGUCUUAUCGAAAUGUCAUUCAACUGCAGCAAUUAUCAGCAUCAGCUCGUGGAGGGUCGACGUGGACAGGGUGGUUCAGAGCCUGUGUAUCAGACGAUCUUUCUCGACGAGAAUCACCAGAGUCUGUGGACGAUCCACGAAAUUGACGAGUCCAGAAUCAUUAAACGGAAUAGUUGGCAUCAGCUUGGCCACAGGUGGCAACAUUACUUGCGCGUUGUUCCAGGAAUGAUGUUCCUCAAUGGCAAAAACAAGACCCUUUUUGCUGGGUCAUGGACCCUUGUUAAUAUGCAUGAGCUAGCAUGCGUAAGUGGAAUUGCGGCGGCAUAUCGUCUUGGUGCCGACUAUCCCAGGUUUGAUAACUUUGCGACUAGUUUCUUCGCCAAGUAUCUCUUCAUGUCGCAUGGGCUACUAUUUUCAAGGGAGGAAAGCAAACGGAAGCGGCGUGAUAAAUAG